UUGUGGGGGUCUGGCUCGUCAGCUGAGCGCAGAGCCUCACAGUUCAGGCGAGGCGGACGGCUGGAGGGACGCAGGAUCCAGAGAAACGAGCACGACAUGCGGCCAGUCUGGAUUUGUUGGACGCUCAUGGCGGCCUCACUGCAGGUGGGCGUCCUGGGCGGGCCUCCUUCGCCGUGCGUGAGAGGCUUCUCGCAGGAGGAAUACACCGUGGAGACGACGGAGGGAGAGCUGGAGCAGGGACGGCCCGUCGCCAACGUGAGCUUCCACGAAUGCGACGACAGCAGCGGCGGACGGAAGGUGCGGCUCAAUACCGACAAUGAGUCCGAUUUUCACGUGAGCCAGGAGGGCGUGGUCUACACGGUGAAUCGUGCGGGAGAAGGCGAGAAGGUGGCGGUGAUAUACGCUCGAGACUUUCGCACCAGACAGAUCUGGAAGACGAGAGUGCGCCUUCUCGUCCAGCCCUACAUGGCGGGGAGUGGACAGGUGAAGCGCGGCGCCGCAACACUGAGUCAGCCCGAGUUGAAGACCAAGAUGCUGUUUCCAUGGCGCAGCAGCGGCAGAAGCAGCCCAGCGGUCGUCAGGGGCGACGGUGCUCUGCGGCGAGUCAAGAGGGACUGGGUCAUCCCGCCCAUCAACGUGCCCGAGAACUCGCGAGGACAGUUCCCCGAGGACCUUGUCAGAAUCCGAUCGGACCGGGACAAGAGCUGGAUGCUGCGCUACAGCGUGACGGGUCCCGGGGCCGACCAGCCGCCGACGGGCAUCUUCAUCAUCAAUCCCAUCUCGGGUCAGCUGUCCGUCACCAAGCCUCUCGACCGGGAGCACAUCCCCAACUUUCAUUUGCGCGCCCACGCCGUGGACUUGAACGGCAACCAGGUGGAGACGCCCGUGGAGAUUCACGUCAACGUCAUCGACCAGAACGACAACCGGCCUGAGUUCACACACACCGUCUUCAAUGGCUCUGUGCCAGAGGGCUCCAAGCCAGGGACCUUUGUAAUGACCGUGACGGCUGUGGACAAGGAUGAUCCCAAGACGGCCAACGGGAUGCUGCGAUACAAGAUCCUGACUCAGAGUCCCCAAAGCCCGUCCUCCAACAUGUUCACUAUUAACAACAAGACUGGUGACAUCAUCACCGUGGCAGCAGGCCUGGACCGCGAGAAAGUGUCUCAGUACACGCUGAUCAUCCAGGCCACCGACAUGGAGGGCAACCCCACCUACGGCCUUUCCAACACCGCCACCACCAUUAUCAGGAUCACCGACGUCAACGACAACGCGCCCGAAUUCACCACCGACGCGUUUUUCGGCGAGGUCCACGAGAACCUGGUGAACGUGAUCGUGACCAACCUGACAGUGACGGACAAGGACCAGCCGCACUCUUUGGCUUGGAACGCCGUCUACCGCAUCGUCAGCGGAGACCCCACCGGGCGCUUCUCCAUCCCUACCGAUCCAGCCACCAACGAAGGGCUCCUCACCGUGGUCAAGCCCAUCGACUUUGAGCUGACUCGCUCAUUCGUGCUGAACGUGGAGGCGGAAAAUGAGGCGCCGCUGGCCCGCGGCAUCCACCCGCAGCGCCAGUCCACAGCCACCGUCUCCAUCCGGAUCCUGGACCUGAACGAGAGCCCCGAGUUCAGCCCCAAUCCCAAAGCCAUCAAGCUGGAUGAGGGCAUGCCCGCCGGCUCCAUGCUUGCCACUUUUACGGCGCAGGACCCUGACCGCUUCAUGAGGCAGACCAUCCGGUACUCAAAGAUGUUCGACCCCGCCAAUUGGCUGGAGAUCGACCCGGUCAAUGGGCGCAUCUCCACCAUCGCCAUCCUGGACCGCGAAUCGCCUUACGUCAAGAACAACCUGUACAACGUCACCUUCAUGGCCGCUGAUAACGGUGUGCCCCCUGCCAGUGGUACGGGCACCCUUCAAUUGUACCUGAUGGACAUCAACGACAACGCGCCACACGUCUUCCCGCCGGAGGUGGAGAUGUGCGAGAAGCCCGAGGCCAGCGGCCGCGGCGUCAACAUCACUGCUAUCGACCCUGACCAGGGUUCCAACGCCGGGCCCUUUGCGUUUGAGCUGCCCACCCGCCCGUCAGAUGUGCGACGCAACUGGACGCUCAGCAGACUCAGUGGUGAGCACGCUCAGCUGCGUCUGCGCGCCGACCCGCUGGGACUUGGCGUCUACGUGGUGCCCAUCAGGAUCACAGACUCAGGCAACCCACCCAUGUCCAACGCGUCGUACCUGCGUGUCAAGGUGUGCCGCUGCGACCGCCACGGCGACUGCGUGGACAUGCAGCGCGUCAUGGCCGCCGGGCUGGGCAUGGGCGCUGUCAUCGGCAUCCUCAUCUGCAUCAUCGUGCUGCUCGUGUUGGUGCUGCUGUUGGGCGUGUGGAUGAAAAGGCGUGACAAAGAGCGGCAGGCCAAGCAGCUCCUCAUCGACCCCGAGGAUGACGUGCGCGACAACAUCCUCAAAUACGAUGAGGAAGGCGGCGGCGAGGAGGACCAGGACUACGACCUAAGCCAGCUGCAGCAGCCCGACUCGGUGGGGGAGGGCGAGUGCAGCGCCAAGGUCGGGAUCAGACGUCUGGAUGAGAGGCCGCUUCAUCACGACCACCGCUACCCGCUCAGGUCCGCCGCGCCGCAUCCUGGAGACAUCGGCGACUUCAUCCAUGAGGGCUUGAAGGCGGCGGACAACGACCCAACGGCGCCGCCAUACGACUCGCUGCUGGUGUUCGACUAUGAAGGCGGCGGCUCAACGGCUGGAUCGCUCAGCAGCCUGCACUCGGCCUCCAGCUGCGCCGACCAGGACUACGACUACCUCGGCGACUGGGGGCCCAGGUUCCGCAAGUUGGCCGACCUCUACGGCGGCGGCGACGAUUGAAGGUUGGACCGCGCCCAAACCGACCCCGACCAGGAGGGACGCUCUCACUGGGGAUGCUUUUUGGUGUGAGGCAAAUAGGCGCCAGGUGGCGGCGGCGCAGACUUCCACUUGAAUCUCACAAGAACACUGAGGUCAAACGUGCCUUUCUGUACAUUCAUUUUGGCUUGCGCUGGUUCUAAUCGGUCGAUUUGGAGCAGGGGUACCAAAGUGCAGCCCACUGCUCACUGGUGGCCCGCCCCCAACCAUCAAGUCAUCAAGAGUCGUGUAAUAAAUUCAACUGUUUUUUUUUUCAAUGUCCUCAAUAAUCAUUUGUUUAUUGUAAAUAGUGGGAUACGUACUGGCAAAAUAAUAGUUAAAUAUUUAUUAAAUUGAAUAAUUGGUUCAUUCAUUGUUUUUACAAGAGUAAAAAAUCAAAUGAAUUUAUUUUUAAUUUUUCCCCUUUUUUCAUUCCUUUUUUUCAAAUUCAUUUCUUGGUAUAAGUAAACAAUUUUACGCACUUACACAUUGAAAUAAACUAUUACAUUAACAAUAAAUUAUAAAAACUGCGGAAAAACCUGUCAACUUUCUUUAAGAAUUAAAUUAAUAAAUUCAAAAACAAUACAAUGAAAUAUCUUUAAAAUGUCAGCAUUUGUUGAUAUUGAGAAAAAAAACAUUUUUCAAUAUUAACUUAAAUUGCAUUUUAAAUCUAGCGAUAUUAAUCCAACGAUAAUUUGUAAAGUGUUUGAUUGAAAAUGAAGUUAAAUCAUUUCAUGAACUUUUUUUUAACACCAAUCAGUUUGUUGGUGGCAAAGACAGAGCGAAACACUGGACUUACAGUGUCACUGCCGAUGUGUGCGAUAGCUCCAAAUUUGUCAUUACAUUUGUCAAAUCAUCAUUGUUAUUUUAUUUUGGGCGAGAAGACAUGUACAGUAAACGCCAACCUCUUUUAGUCGUUCACAAAGUAUAACAUGCAGCCAUUGGCCACCAGAGGGAGUCGUCGGCUCUGUAGCGCACAAGUUAGCCAACGGCGGACGGACGCCGAAGCUGAAGCGAAGCUUUGCUUUUUUUUGUCAUGGCCUCGUUGCUGUCUUCUCACUAUAAACUGUACAGAUCGGACUUUUUGCUUUUUGUUAUGUCUCUCUGGUUGUUGGAUAGCUAUCGCAACUCUUGUAUAUGUUCUUUGGAUUACACAUUAAAAUGUUUUUGCAUGUUUACAGCUUUUCA